CAGCACCAACAAGUACCGCAUUCAAUUAGCGAACUUCAGUGACGACGAUAGCGAUCCGGAGCACCAUGGACAUACUCAACAUUCUCAAGUAUGGGUUGGAAAUUGUUGACGAUUCACUCACAACCAAAGAGCUGAUCGAUCAACUGGUAUCCAUUGGACCCCUGCAAGAGCCACUCCAUCUGACGGAGCUAGACAACGUUGUCAAACGCCACUACCAAUGGUUGCGACAUUUACCGCGUGUUCAUCCCUACUACACCGUACGGAGCAACAACGAUGCACGGAUUUUGGGAACCACUGUUCUGCUGGACUGCGGGUAUAUUUGUUCUUCGAAAGCGGAGGUAAUGCAGAUUAUGGAGCUUGGUGUAGAACCGGAGUGGAUUCUGUUAAAAGAUGCAGCCAAAACUACAGAGCUAUUGAAGUUUGCUCGAAGAAAGCGCUUGACAGUAGUUUUUGAGCACGAACAGGAACUUAGGCAGAUACACCAACAUUAUCCGGAAGCAGAGAUUUUGGUUCGGUUCGGUUUCAAUACAGAUUCAUCGCUGGAGCAUGAUUCCCACAUCAAAACACACGAGCUGCUGAAUAUUGCAAGGGAUCUGGAGCUGGAUGUCAUUGGUUGGUGUUUUAAUGGUGGAGCAUCUUUCCGCCAUAACGACGGCGUGGUCUACGAAGCCAUCCGUAAAGGUCGUGAAAUCAGCGAUUUUGCCUUGAUUCUUGGCUUCAACUUUAGGUUCAUCAAUCUGGAAGCAUCAUUUACUGGUGAGCAGGAUAACGAGCUACAAGAGUAUUCCACCCGAAUCAAUCGAGCAUUGGCCGAAUUCUUCCCCGAUCGAUGGAAUCUUACCGUUACGGCUGAAUCAGGGCCAUUCCUUAGUGCAGCAGCAGUAACGGCGGUUAGCGCAAUACACGGAAAGCGUGUUUUCUGGCACCGACAGUUUCCAUCGCAGAUCGAUAGGGUGUUUUACUACCUGAACCAUGACAUCGGUGGCGAUCAAGGUCAAAAACAGAUUAAACCGAUCAUUUGGAAAAGUUUGACAGAUUGCGGGGCAGUUUGUCAGUCUAGUCUGUUUGCGUCCAGUAACGAGUGUAUGCUGGAGAACCUACCGCUGCCGGAGGUGAAUGAGAUGGAUUUUUUUGUAUUCGAAAAUCAAGGUGCUAGUUUGAGCGAUCUAACCGAACUACAAUGCACUCCUAUCGUGUUGGUAUUUGUUCGGAAAAGCAUGUGGGACUUUUUGGAAACACUAUCAGUUUCAAAUCAUCCCAAGACGUGCAUACUAAGCUCUCAGUAUUUGCAACGGGUAGCAAAAAUUGAACGAUUGAGAUUUGAGUGAAUUAUGAU